CAAGCAUUUCAUUCCUUAAAAAAAAAUCAUGAAAAGUUUUCCCUAGUUCCUUAACUAAAACCCUACAGGAGGAGUAGGGUUUUGCAUAUUUUGAAGCAAUUGCGUUGUAAAUGAGUUUUCCCAAUUCUUCGCUAUCGAAAAAUGUAGGUGAAAGUGUUUGAUAGGCAGCCAAUUAUGAAUUAUUUGAUUAAUCAAUGUGAGUCCAGAAGCUCUCACGUCUGAGAUUGAGGUUCUGCAAUUUCAGUAGGCAUCAAAGUUUAUAAAGGGAAAAGAUGCCGCCCAAGACAAAGAAGCAUUCGAAGGCAAAUUCGAUGCUGUUCAACGGUGACCAGUCUGCAUCUCCUCGGACACCAGAUUUUGAAUCCAGUGAAGAGGAUCUUUUGCGCGCUCUUGAAGAAGCUUCUAGCAAAUAUCCUGCUCUGAUCGCCAAAUCUGCUAUUAUUGGAAAAGUUGCUGAUGUCGAGCGCGACCUCCAAGGCUGUAAAAUUUGGCUUUCAGAGAGUCCCAUGUUUUCCCUCGCCCCUGGUUCCAUCAUAUCGGUGUCACUUGCUUCUUCAAUGAAGAACUUUUCAUCAAGCUUCCCACUCAGCUCAUUAGCAGAUGAAUGUGCUGCAUAUUUUGGGAUUGAUACAGUAGAGAAGAUGGCUAAUGAAGUGGGGAGUUACUUUGCUCUUGCAACAGUUUUUCCUUCUAGUAAGGUUUUGAGGAAUGAAGUGCGAUUGUCUGCCAACCUUUCCUACACCAUGGGUUGUCCUACUUCAGGCAGUGUUGUGUUUGUUUACCCUAUACAGAGCCAAUUCCCAUCCAGUCCUGUAAAUGGACAUGACACACCAAAUGGCACCAGAGUUGGCUCUUUUGCUGUAUACAACUGCAAGGAAUUGCAUCUAGAGCUGGCUCUUUCGUAGAAUAAAUCAACAGUGCCAAGUAAUAUGUUGUCUUCCAUUAACUUCCCUGCAGAGAAACCUCAUGAUCCAUUUGAAAUUGGAAUGGUUUUAACCCCUAAAACUCCAUUGUAUCAGUCAAAACUUAGCUCUUCUAGCACUAGUCACACAACUUCACCAGUAUGCGAAAAUUCAGUAUCAUGUUUACCAAAUCCAAACAGUCCAUCUAUUGAUUCAUUUGAUAUUAGGGAGCUAUUAGGGGAUAAAAGUGCCAAGAAAAUUCUGCGUACAUGUGUUAGUUUGUGGUUGCUUUCUCGUAAUCUGUUCUGUGGAAAUUUUGUUGCCAUCCCGACACAUUCUGAGCUUUUAAUUUUUCGCGUGAUAGAUGCUAAACAAUUGUCAGCAAAGAGUAGCAGCCAUAAUUUUUCGAAUGAGAAAAGUCAUCAUUUGCUCUUCAAAGAUCCUGAACUGGUGGACCAUGUGAACCAUGCUUUUGUUGUAAACCAUGAUGCAGAAGUCUGUCUGUAUUUUCCAUCAAAUAUGGUGUCUGAAACUUCUCAAAAAGGAGGUUUUUCAGGUGUUGAACUUGAAUAUAAGGAUGUUAAAGCUAAUGUGGUGGACAAUACUUUGAAGUUGGGUGGUCUUUCAAAAGAAUAUGCAAUUUUGAAAGAUAUAAUAAUCUCCUCAUCAGUGAAGGACACUUUGUCGAGUUUCGGUUUACGAACUACAAAGGGAGUGCUUCUGCAUGGCUCUCCUGGCACGGGUAAGACUUCUUUAGCUCGUCUGUGUGCCCGUGAUUCUGGUGUCAGAUUUUUCUCUGUGAAUGGACCUGAAAUUGUGAGUAAAUUUUAUGGAGAAAGUUAGAAAGCUUUGCUUGAAGUUUUUGAGUCAGCAAGCCAAACAGCACCUGCCAUGAAAAUUAGUGUUAUUGCUGACGAUGAUGAUGCAGUGCAAAGGUAUUCAUCGAUGAGUUGGAUGCCAUUGCCCCUGCUCGUAAAGAUGGAGGUAAUACUUGAGGUUCCAAAGGUCAAUUGGGAAGAUGUUGGCGGCCAAAGUGAGGUUAAAACUCAAUUAAUGGAAGCUGUGGAGUGGCCUCAAAAACACCAGGAUGCAUUCAAGCGUAUUGGGACUCGUCCCCCAACAGGGAUUUUGAUGUUUGGUCCUCCUGGUUGCAGCAAAACCCUAAUGGCACGUGCAGUGGCCUCUGAAGCAGGAUUGAAUUUCCUUUCCGUGAAGGGUCCUGAACUUUUCAGUAAAUGGGUUGGUGAAUCUGAGAAGGCUGUAAGAUCACUAUUCGCAAAGGCAAGGUCCAAUGCCCCAUCAAUUAUAUUUUUUGACGAAAUUGAUGGUCUUGCUGUCAUCCGUGGGAAGGAAAGUGAUGGGGUUUCAGUUUCUGAUAGGGUUAUGAGUCAACUUCUUGUUGAACCGGAUGGUUUGUAUCAAAGAGUUGAUGUUACUGUUAUUGCUGCUACAAACCGACCAGACAAGAUUGAUCCUGCCCUUUUAAGACCAGGACGCUUUGACCGGCUGCUAUAUGUGGGGCCUCCAAAUAACACAGACCGAGAAGAGAUAUUCCGCAUCCAUUUAUGCAAAAUUUCAUGUAGUUCUGACAUCAACAUAAUGGAGCUGGCUAGUCUCACAGAAGGCUUCACUGGGGCUGAUAUAUCCUUGAUCUGCCGGGAGGCAGCUGUUGCAGCUAUUGAGGAGUGCCUUGAUGCUUCAGAAGUAACAAUGCAACAUUUAAGGACUGCAAUUAGACAAGUACAACCAUCGGAAAUUCACUCUUGUGAAGAGCUAUCUGCAAAAUUUCAAAGGCUUGUUUGUUCUACUGCAACAGAACAUGAAUGAGUAUUUCAGCAGUAUUCUAGUAAAUCAAACUGGUUUCCCAUCUGGAACCUUAUAAAAUCUGUUGCACUCUUCCUUUAUCAAUUCCCAGCAGCAGCCCGUUUACCCCCAAAGGCUGCUUCAAGUGUUUAGACCAACUUUUGUGCAGCUUAGGAUGAUCUUCCUGUCCUUUUAAUCGAAGACUGCACCUUGUCCGAUUUCGAUAGGGUUUUUGAGGCGGUUAAGACUUGGGAGUGUUUGGGGCUUCAAAAGGAAAUGUCGAAUACAAGUAGAACACAUCAUUUUGAUGAGGCUGGGGUCUUGCAGAGACUUGAGCAUGGCAUUCUGAGGGGACACAAGUGGUUAUCAAAGUUUUGUGCACGAAGGUCCAAUUGCAGUCCGACUGAACUCUCUAAUGGGGGCCCAGAUAUUCCCUUAUGAUAAUUUGCAAUGGGGGGAGUUGUGGAUUACACGUGUCAUAAGAGGGCUUGAGGGGGCAGCCCGUUGGAAACUUGUGAGCUUUUCACGAUGGGGUUUGACCGGCUGUGGAAACCAUGAUGGCCGAAAAGCACUUGGCAGGCAUCCUCUGACUUCAAUCUCCAUCAUCGGAAUUUCUAAAUUAUGACCUAAUAUCUAUCUCACAGAGAAUUUUGUGUGUAUGAAAUUGGCUUUCAACAGGACGGUAAAACGGGUUGGAUUAAUGAAUUCGUGAUUGUCGCUCUUUGUAUUUUUAUACACUUAUUAUUUAUUUAUUGUUAUUAUUUUGUUUCAA